AUGCUUUCCAAAUCUCCCAAAACACCAAACAACACCUUUCUGAGCAAAAUUCUCUCCAAUUUGUCCCCCAAUUCAACAAUUCCUUCUUCUGUAAAUACAAUACCCAGCAACACGAGUAGCAAACAUUCGUCAUCAUCAUCGUGGUCCACCUUGUUUGGUUCCUGUGUCAUUCUGCCUCUUCAUUGUCUCUUGUUGCAUCCUUCGGUACAUCUUUCCUCCUCACUUCUAAAUUUGGAAAUUCACGACAAGAAAAAUGAAAGUGGUGAUCAUUGUUCAUCAUCAACGUCCUCUUCAUCCUCGUCAGCCUCAUCCUCCUCUUCUCACUCUUCCUUAUUAUUACAACCAUCCAGUAAUAAUAAUGAAAGAAGAAAAUCCAUCCAUGGCGGAUCUGCUGCUGCCAUGAUGAUUCCACCACCACACGAAUCUCGUUCAGAAUUAACUGCCGUUUCCUCCGAGGGCCAGCUUGUCAAAAAGAGGCUUUCUGUGAAUCGUCGUCCUUUCCAAAGUCGUUCUGUACCUAACCAACAUCAUCAUCAUUACAAUGAUCACUCAGAUGAAUCUGUGGGGAAUCGCACAAUGAGUAAUAGCUCUUCAUCCUCUUCAGAAAAUGAUAACAUUUCUUCAACUUCGUCAUCGGCAUCUCCUCGCACCUCUCCUCAGAAGGCGAAGAAACAAGAGAUGAAAUUGGAAGAUUGUGGGAACGUGGAAUUCUUGAGAAGACGAUUUAUUGAAUAUAUUGAAGGUCAUGAUUCUAUGAAUGUCAAAUCUCCUGAAAUCAAAUUGUGGUUUUUAGAUCUGUUUUAUGAGACGACAAGGCGAAACUGCAAACAUCCAUUAAGGAAAUGUAUCGACGUUUUAGUGUUAUUGGAAGAAUUUUGUAAAAAUUAUAUCACUUAUUUGCAACUGCAGAAUGAUUUUCAUAUUGCAUUUGGAACGAUUGAGGAAUUAAGAAGAACAGGCUGUGACUGCCCCUUUCUGACCUACUUGUCGCAUCAUGGAAGUCCGUUUAAAGGAGUGAAUCAUGAAACUCUUGAAGAGUUUUUAUGCAAUUCUUUGAUUGUUUUAAACUCGCAGGUUAUUCGGUAUGGAAACAGUGAAAAUUCAGAAGAAUUGAACGCUCACAACCAAACUCUCGAGUCAUGCCUGAGGGAUAUAGGUGCCAUUUGUGACAUGUUCUACAUUGAAUUGGACGACAUGUUUUCGUAUUUUCAAGCUGUGAAAUCGAAUCGAGAGUUAAUGGCCGAAUGGCUCAAAAAGGGCAUCGAAAAUCAAACCAUUCCAAAACAUGUGAUCGAAUUAUAUCGAAAGAAACUACAAGAGGAUGAGAAAGCUUUAGAAACAUUCCAGUUUCAUCAAGAUGAUUUCAAUGCCAAAAGUAUCAUUGAUAAGGAUUGGGAAUUUUCGAAGUAUUUCACCAAAAAUACCAUCUCAUCCGAUUGGUAUCUUACAUGCAAAGAAUUUCCCAAAUACAUUCAAUGGUCAACAAAAUCUUCAUAUUCAAACAAUGACUGGGAUCUGAGAGGUCGAUCUAAGCUCAUUGCCAAUUUAGAUUAUUCCAUCGAAGAUGUGGUGAAAUCAUAUAAUACGGACAAGCAUUUGGCAUCUUCGUUUUCUAAUGUGAAAUUUGAUGAAUAUUUUCCAAUCGUUGAAUCCAGUUCUUUACACAAAUAUCCUUCGGGUGUGAUGAGCUCCACAUUGGACUUGGGAAAAUUAGUCAAAAAGAGAAAAGUCAAAGUCAUCUUUUCGACCAAAACAAAAUUUGUGGGGGAUGAGUUGACCGAAUUUACUCUCUUCUACAAAUCGUGUGAACUUGAUAAAACUGCCAAUGAUGACAUUAAAGUUACUGUGAUUGGCACAAGAGUGUUCACACGCCUCGACAAGACUCGAACACGCUUCAGUCAAGUUCGAAUGGGCAAUUUGGGAGGAUUUCUCAAUUCUUCUCUCAUUAUUCGAAACAAAUUAGCGUUGAGAAAAAUUGCGAACGAGGAAUAUGAAAAAUUGAUGGAAAUGAUUGAAGAAGCGAAAAAAGAUGGAUUUCCCCUACCACCCUUAGAAAAUAAUUAUUUGAUGAGAGUGUGGUGCCAAUAUUGUAAACAUUAUUGCGGUGUGGAUAUUCGAGACAAAUUAAAGUGA